UAGAAACGGCAUCGUGUAAAUUUUUCAGCACUUGCCGAAACCUCGGACGAAUCUCGCUCGGUUGAGAAUCACUGUUUCGGAGUGUUUAUUUAUAUGAAGUUCCGAAUAUAGUUCGUGCACAGUCGGACUUGAUCGUACCGCCGCGCCGUCUCGGUUUCCCUCUCCGCCGCCCCAUAUCGUCGGUCACAGCUGACUUGCUUCCACGUAGAAACGUGCCAACCAUACGAUUCUUUGGUCCAUGGUAUAAUGGGCUAAUGUAUAUAACGAUGCCGGCGUGGUCGUCACGCCAUAGUCGUAGUCGCCAGGCCGCGUAAAGUCGGCUAGCCCGGUCUCCAACGCGUGAGAGAGUGCAACGCAACGGUGACGCGUCCGCGCGACACCCGAGAGGCGAGAAAGAGCCGCUCGACGACGAGAAGGUCCCGGCGCCUCCUCCAGUCGCUCUCAGCUGACGUCACGCCGAUCUACCCGUUAUCAUUCUCGUUCCUUUUCCCUCCUUUAUUUUUCCCCUCACAUUUUCUCUCCCCUACUCAGCCGACGGGCCGGCCGUCGAAGAACGGGACCCUGGAUCCGACCGGCGAGUGCUCGACACGGAGCGCCUCGCCGAUGUGAAUCCACUCCGCGGAGGUUCGUUCGGGCGUUCUUCAGCACUUCGUCUGUGCCUUCCUAGAAUUACACGCGUGUGCUCCAGCGAUCCCCAGGCAUGUCGUCCGUCGCGCGGAACCGGUUCCUGUCGGCGCUGAACGUCGCACGGCGCCUCGCCGCCGCCGCCGCCGACCACGCGCCCGUUGCACACAUGGGCGUGCGCCGCGGGAAUGCGGCGUGUUGGAGAACAUUGGAUUGUAAUGUGCGAAUGGUGCAUUCCGUGACACAACCGACAUGGGUAACGAGCAAGGACGAAAGCCGAGAGCUGAUGGCAAUAUGGCCAGACAUUGUUCGCGAUCUUACGGAUGUGGCUAAGAGCUUCAAUAUUCCUGAUGUUACCAAAUGGAUGGCGAAAGUAUUACAGUACAACGUUCCAGGAGGAAAGAAAACUCGUGGCUUAACGUUAGUUUACGCCUAUAAACUACUAGCACCAAGUGAUCAACUUACGCAAGAAAACAUUCGUUUAGUACGGAUCUUAGCAUGGUGCAUAGAAUUGAUGCAAGCCCAUUUCCUCGUGAUAGAUGACAUACAGGACCGAUCAUUAAUUCGCCGAGGCCAACCAUGUUGGUAUCGAUACAAUGAUAUAGAACUAGCUGCAAUUAACGAUAGUUUAAUCUUACAGAGCUCUAUGUUUUAUCUAAUUCGAAAACACUUCAAAGGGAAAGAUUGCUAUGUAAAUCUACAAGAAACAUUCCAGGAUAUCACUUUCAAGACAGUGAUGGGCCAAAGUUUAGAUAUGCUCUCUACCAAUUUUGGCAAGAAACCGAAUUUAGAUCUCUUUACGAUGAAUCAAUAUAAUGCCAUUGCUGAGUACAAAACGUCGUAUUAUUCAUUUCUUUUGCCAGUAACCGCAGCGAUGCAGUUAGCCGGAAUAAAGGAUCCAGAGAUGUUCAGGCAAACGAAAACCAUCUUGUUAGAGAUGGGGCACUUGUUUCAAGUCCAAGAUGAUUAUUUGGGUUGCUUUGGAGAUCCCGACGUCUAUCGCAAGGAUUUUACUGAUAUACAGGAGGGAAAAUGUACGUGGCUGGCUGUUGUAGCUCUC